AUGUCAGGCAGCGAACGCCAGGUAGACUCAGAGGCCAUUGCAGAGGCCCCGCCGGCCAUUGCGCCGGAUGUUCCGGGGCCCGCAAAUGAUGGCAAUACAGCCAAAUCAAGAAGACGCCGGCGUCCGGCCAGCGCGGAAAACCAGGCGAAGAACCAGAUGUUUUAUUUCGUCGACUCCAGCUCAUCCUCAAAGGAAAAACGCGCCCAUGUUAUGCGACACCACGUCCAAGAGAAACGAAAGCAACGCAAAAUGUCCCACGGCACGAUACCCCCGGAGCAGAUCCAAGAACUGACCUCCUGGCAGGCCAAGGAGGAUUCGGCAAAUAAUACUGAUAACAAGAAGGAAAUCGCAUCGGCCAGCGCAGGGCCUUCGGCCGAGCAGGAGUCUUCGCUUCCCAUUCGAUUCUCCGCAAUCAAACCAUACGCACAGCCAAUGCCUAUGCAACUCGUCCCGCAGAUGACGAUCGAGAAAUCGCGAAGAGACCCGUUUUCAAACCCUCCAUUCACGCAAACAGCCGAAGAUGCGGAACUUGCGGAGUAUUGGACGAACAAGUUAACAUACUGGUCCGGACAGAACCCUUAUGUGAAGGACCAGAUGUUCCGAACCGCCAUGGGUCACCCUGUGUCUUUCCAGGCGGUGAUCCUGACAUAUUGUGCCCGGUUCAAGGGUCUGAUUCAGGAAAACCCUAAUAGCGAAGAAGUCCAGCGCCAUGUUGGACAGGCCAGAAAGAAUAUUCAAGAUGCCACUACAGGGUCUUUACUGGUCAACGAAGAUUACCUCGCAAUGGCCAUGGCGGGUAUGGCUCUCGGGGAGGAUCGAUUUGGCAGCAAACCAGACGCCCAAGCCUACCUAGAACAAGCUGCACGAAUCAUGCGUCCACGUACUGGCAUCAACCGUCCGGUUGAAGCAUUUCUCCACUAUGUACGGCUUAUCUUACCACCACCACCAACGACCGUGGUUGAUCCAGCGGCCCCGCAAUGGAUGGUGGCGUUUCUUCGAGCUGCAGAAGACAUAAUGCGACAGCAUAGUGCCCCAGAAUACCUCGCACAGGCGCCGCAAAGGCGCGACAUGUUCCAGAUGGAGUGUCCGCUGUUCUCCUUACUUUCGAGUGGACCGCGGCCAUCGCAGGUGCCACACGCUUCGCGCAUGUACGUGGUCCGUGAUCCUCAAACCCAGGAAGUCAGUCGAACCGCUGCCCUCAUCUACAUUACUGCGGCGUUGUGGGAUUUCAAAGACUCGACCGACAAGACGGUACGGUUUUUGAUCUAUCUCAAUUCUCUUGUUGCACAGCAUCAAUUGGACCGACACCCAGCCUGCGAAACCCUACUGUGGCUGUUGCUCGAACAAGGCUGUGAGCCUGACCUACGAAACCCCGAGCGUGCAUGGACCGCCGGUGAUAUGAUAAAAUCACAACGAAAGCUCCGACCAGACCUGCAAUUUCAUUUUAACGAGAUCCUGAUGAGCUUUUUGACGCUGCGUCCUCCGAUCCGUGGCAUUGACAAGUUCCAGGAAGAUCUUUUGAUGGAUCCAAGUAGUAACCCACAAUGA